GUCGAAAAUCUCAUUUGCGGUGCUGUGGCGGUGUCCUCGACCUUUCUCAGCUUCCCUAGUAAAGGUGCGAUCAAUCGAUGCACAAAUAAAGACCAUGUUGGUGUUUCGCCCUCCUUUCAUGCUCAACGCUUUAUCCUCGCCAUGCAAUCGUUCAUCGGUCGCUUCCCGGUUUCAGUGUCUUUCGAUGGCACGCUUUUGAAUACCCUAGUGUCAGUGGGCGUUGGUAUUUCAUUUGGCUGUCCGGCCGUCGGUUCUACGUUCACGGCUGUUCUGACAACAACCUAUGAGGGACGGCCCCUAAGCACUGACGUGUUAUUCGAGGUGGCCGCGGUGCUGCACGAUGAUGUGGUCGUCGGUUCAGAUUGGUUAGCUGCUUGGAGACAAGCAGGCCGUUUUGAUCGUCAAGUGGCACGGCAUUCCUCACGGCUCCCGGAAGUCGCUCCACCUGAUGUUAUGACGGUUGAUAAGCUGUACGCGGUAACCGAUGCUACUGGCCUUGAAGAAGCCCAUACUUCCAGUUCGCUGCGUCGGUCUCGACACAAGUCGGUUAGUAUCAUCGUUCCGAGCGUCUCUCAAGAGGCGCGUUGCAAGCUAUUGCUCUGUGCCACUCGUUGUCUUCAGAAGGGAAUCACGAUGUGUUGUUGGAUAGGAUUUUGGAUCAUGUGUCGAAAGGUCUGUGUGUCAUGCACACAGAAAAUGCCAGAGAUGGUGACUCCGGCCAAGAUGUGAUUUACCAGGCGCAGUUGACCUUGUUGGAAUUUGCGCAGAAGAACACCUGGGUCAAGGAUCACUCCGAGAUGCAAUCAGAAGACGACCAUGGAGGUAUUGAUCCAGACACUGAUGAGGAAAAAGACCUUCAUAAGAAGCCUG